UAUGAUGUGACCUUGAGGACAUGUUUCCCUUCAAGGGACUGGGAAGGAUAUUCUGACCCGUGCCUCGGACUCGGCCGAUGGGUCUUUCAGGACUGUCGUGCACGCAGCCCCAGCUAGGAUGGCCGAGGCUGGCAAGAAUGCACUGUCCAUCCGUCUGACAGAGCCAUUCAUAUUUCUGCGCACCAACGACCCUUCUGGACUCCAUCCACCAGAUCCAGCGGAUUCACCGGGACUCGUCAGGGGACUGGUCACUCUCAAUCUAGCAAAGCCGACCAGGAUAUCCAGCAUCGAAGUCGAGCUGCAGGCAGUCGUCACUGCAACGUGGCCGGAAGGUAUCGGCCCACGGCGGCUGGACGUAACUAACGAUAAUACCGUCUAUUCUGCCAAGACGACUUGCUUUCGUGCUGAUGACCUCUCAUUCGCAAGACGCGCAACUUCCGUUGGCCCCGGUCUGUUUCUCUCCAAUGCAAACGACUACGAUCAGGAACUUCAUCCGCGCCCGCCGACCUAUACCCCUUCCGCCAGCGCAAGCGCCCAACAAACACAACCCAUGCGGUCUGCCCGUCAUGGCAGCUGCGAUUUCGUUACCCGUAAUAGAGAGCCUACGCCUCCCUAUACCUCUUCCCCUUCUGCGGACUCUUCCUUUGCUCUGCCCUCUGCCACUGCUUCUUCCUCCCAUGUAGGUCAGCCAGGCAUUCCUACUACCCUCUCGAGCGCUUCCAGUGGCGUUGGUCAGCACGAUGUCACCACAUCUAGACGCCCAUCAAGCGAAGAAGCCUAUCCAUUGCCAAGACUCUCACGUGUCUCCCGGUCUCCCGAACGCGGCCGCCGCGUUAAUUCACCACAUAGCCGUGAUACCUCGGCCCGCCGUGAGUCCGUCACCCGCACCAGCCGGGGACGCUCCCGCUUCUCCCUGUCGUCAGUGCUAGACGUCGUCAAAGAAGUCACGGGAACCGUUGGGAGGUCCAAAUCGAGGAGCCCUCGCUUCGACAGCAAUGGCUGUCCAGAAGAAACCGAACGAGGGAGGACAAAGGUCCGCGCGGCUGUUCCUCCUACUACGCUGGACGUGGACGCUACCCCGCACCGAUCCACCUCUCAACAACCUCGCCAGACCUCCCAUCCGCACUCUUAUAGCUUUUUCGGUCUUGGGCGUGUUCUUGGGCUAGAUCACGAUGGAGAUGCAGAGGACGAUGCCGGACGUGGGCGCAAGCACAAGGAUCAUGGUGAAGGAUGGAAGGAGUUCAGAGAGGGUACAUACACGUACCCGAUCGUGUUCCCUCUCUCUCCGCAUCUCCCUCCGACAUACAAACUUCCAUGGGCUUCCCUCUCGUAUACUCUUCGCGCCGUCGUGCACCGUCCCGGGGCUUUCACAUCCAAAAUGACCUGUUCAAAGCCCUUCAUCGUCGUUUCUGCACCAGCCGUUAGUACGAGCGAAGGUGGGGGUGCUUCUGGAGACCCAGGUCCAGUUUCCAUCGAUCGAGUCUGGGAAGGAAGACUCGGAUACUCUAUCGAGCUUCCAGGUCGGCUUCUUAUCGCGGGUGCAGGUGAUGAAGUCACUCAUCCCGCCAAUGAUCACGGGGGCGGGAACGUGGGUGGAUCGAGGAUCAACUUGAAUGGUGCCGCGCAUGGCGACCGAGCCGAUCUCGUCUCGUUGCGCACGUUCAAUAGUGUGGAGGCACCCCAGGCGAGGAUCCCUGCGGAGGGAACGAUCGUUCUCGGUCUUACUUUGGUACCACUGGAGAAAGUUAAAGUGUGGCGUAUCGCAGCUUUCAUAGACGAGCGGGUGACAUAUCUCUCCAAUGGUACGGCCAGCGGGCGCGACGACACGCUUCACCGCGUGGUACUGUGGAGCGUAGAGGACACUCAGUCCCCGCAUGACAACGAGAGGAAUGGUAUGGAUGCGCCUAUUAGCGGUAAAGCCAAGGGGAAGGAGACAGCAAAAGCGCCAGAACCGAUUCCCAUCCUCCCCACGCCUCUUUCUCCACACCGAUCUCCUCUCCUUCCUUAUCUUCGGUCUGGUGCGGAUCCCUCGGAUUUGAUCGGCCCUGGUCCGUAUAACUUUUCGACUGUGCUAUCCAUCCCGGGCUGCGGGAAUGCAUCGUCAAAGGGACCCUUGAUCACCUUCUCGAUUCGUCAUCGUGAUGCGGGGGUUCGCGUAGAACAUACUUUGCGCAUUGUCAUACGCGUAGAGAGGGUGGACGAGAACCACGACAGUACCUCGGAUAGCGUUGAAGAGGAUAGCAAGAAACAACUAUUUGAUAUCGCGGUGCAAGUCCCCGUGGUCGUGCUUUCCUGCCGUGCGUUGGAGUGGCAGACUCUGCCUCGGUACUGCGAAGUUCUCGAUGACAACGCUGCCAGAGCCCCUGAAAGCUGUCCCUGUGCUGCACGAGUGAGAGGUGGUGUGGUCGGCGAGAGCCAACCAGAACAGCCAUACACGACAAGUUCUGACGCUUCCUCAUUCGAAAACGGGAACAUGCAUCCUGCAAACGCCAUCGUGCACAAGCAGAGUCCAAACCAAGCGGUGCGACCUGAAUCCAUGCUAACAGUGCCUCGAGAUGCCGCACAUCCUUCACAUAUCCCUCACCUCCACCUCCGUCCGACGCAUUCCCAUUCGCGAAGUCCGGCGAGAGAGCCGUUACCGACUAUUACAAGGUAUGAGCGAUUGGUGUCCGGUCAGGAAAGUGAGGCUGGGGAAGCGCCGCCUUCGUAUGAGAGCGUUGCGGGUAGUGCCAGUCUGAGUGCCUAGUAACGCGACUCAGUCUUUAUGAGUGUAAUAGUACGUUAUAGUCUCGUUGGUGGUUUUCGGUUAGUGGGUGUGGUAGUAUAUUUUGUUCUGGAGAACCCAAUUGUGGAGUACCAUAGGCAUCAGUAGUUCGUUUACGAGUUGUACUAAUAGCACUUGUGUGUGCAUUUCUACGCUAG